CGUUGUUAUAUAAAAUUCCAAGUAUUACGUGAACCGAAGAUCAUUUGUGUUUUUGUGCUUCUUAAGUGAGCUUGCGGUAGAGAAGAAGUUCAUUAGAUAUUUAAAUUUGAAAUUCCAUUAAACCUUUAACUCUCGCACGUUAUCAAUUCAACUUUAAAGAACUUCAACGGACUUAACUUAAAAAAAAAAAAAAAAAUGAAAAUCCUUUUGAUUGGAUUGACUUUGAUUAGUACAGCGGUGGCCAUAUUAUUAGAUUCUGCUACACAAGGACCCAAUCCACAAGAUAUUGCUACCCCCGAGCCUGAAUAUGUUGAUUUUGAAGCGCCAGAAAUCGUACAACAGCCAAGUUUAAGGCACUUGCCUACAUUAUCAUAUAACAUUGGUCGCCUGGAUUCGUACGACGCGGAGCAAACAUUGUCCAACAGAGCCUAUCAUUCACAUACGGGUUAUCAAUACCGUUCACCUCAUAGACGCACUCAGCGAAGACGUAAUUAAAUUUUACACAAAACACUACAUACAUGGGAAAAUAUAAAACCCUUUGUAUUUACGAUAAAUAUUAAGAUGAGAAAAAGAGAAAAAAAAAAUGCCUUUA